AAACACUGAUUCCUCAACAUGGUGAGGUCGAUCAUACUGCCUGACGGCAAACGCAUGCCAGCUCUAGGCUGGGGAAAUGGGACGCGCGGAGUCGAGCAUUCAGGCAAAUUUGCUGUCGAUGUAGGGGCCGCUGCGCUCAGAGAAGGUAUCCUGCACAUAGAUACUGCACAGGCCUAUGGUACCGAAAGGGAGACCGGUGAAGCCAUCCGACUUGCAGAGGUGCCGAGAGAACAGGUAUGGGUGACUACCAAGAUUUACGAAGGAAGUGGCCAACCACAUCGUAAGGUAGGCGAGGUCCGCGCAGCCGUGCAGGAGAGUGUGGCCAAGCUGGGUUUCAUACCCGAUCUCUUGCUCGUUCAUACUCCAUUCGUUCCCGAGGACGGACGACUCCUCGCAUUUUGGCAAGAGCUAGAGAACAUGGUAGAAGAUGGAACCUUACAGGGUUGCUCACUGGGAGUGUCCAACUUCCGUCCGCAGGAUAUCGAGAUCCUCAUGCACUCGGCAAGGAUCAAACCUGUUUGCAACCAAAUCGAGUUCCACCCGUACGCCUUGGCUCAUCUGGAUUCUCUCUUUGCGACGCACAGCAAAUAUGGCAUAGCAACACAAGCUUACGGACCCCUACAACCUCUGAUCGCUCACCCGACAGGAGGCCCUAUCAAGCCGAUUUUGAAGCGCAUAGCGGGUAUACUGAGUAAUGAUAGCGGGCAAAAUGUCGAUGAAGCUUCAGUGCUUCUGCUCUGGACUAUUGGCAAAGGCGCCGCUGCUAUUACCACAUCAUCGAAUCCUGUCAAUAUCGCCAAGAUGGCUGCCAUCGACCGAUUGCGGGAUCUCACGGAGGCCGAAAUCGACGAGAUUGAUCAAGCUGGGCGUAAGGUGCAUUUCAAAGGCUGGGCGGGCCACAUGUCAAAAGACUACCCAGUACCUGACCUCCCUGAAGAUGUUUAGCUACCGGCAUGCAUUUAUCGACAGU